GAAGGAGUGACCGACAUGUAGUGAGUGGACAGUCAUCAGCGCGUAAGCAUGCAGGAAGAUAAUCUGACCAGAAUGAACCUCUAGUCUAAACUAUUAUAAAAAUCAGAAACAUGGGGUUUAUCGUUCAGAGACGGCUCUUUAUAAUGAGACGUUUAGUUACAUAUUUUUAAUCAGUGUUUCACAGAGGCGCCUGUCCUCUUUCUCCUGCUUGUUUACAUUUAGUUUCAUUUUUAUAUGAAUGUAUUUUGGUCAUGGAUUACCUGCUGCAGGUCAAAGUGGGAGCGCUGGUUGGGCUGCUGUUCUUAACGCUAAUUUUUGGGUUCAUCCCAGCGCGGAUGAAAUGGUUUCAAGACUCAAGUGGAACAGCAAUCCACAGGGCAGUGCUGAGUUUUGUGAGCUGUUUUGCAGGAGGCGUCUUCCUGUCCGCCUGUCUUUUAGACAUCAUCCCAGACUACCUGUCCGACAUACAUGAGGAACUACAAAAACAAGGCCUUGAUGAGGGCUUCCCUCUCGCAGAAUUCAUCAUGGCUUGUGGCUUCUUCACAGUCCUGAUCUUGGAAAAAAUAGUCCUCAGCUGCACAGAGGGACGCAGAAACGAGGAAACGGCUCCUCUUUUGGCACCUGAGGGCCACGGACAUGCUCAUGGAAAUCACUCGCUGAAUGACCUGGAGGGGAGUGGCCACCACGUCCAUGUGGAUCUACAUGCACACUCGUCCUUCCGUUCCUUCAUGCUCUUCCUGUCUCUCUCCCUCCACUCAGUGUUUGAGGGUUUGGCCAUCGGCUUGCAGACCACAGACACCAAGGUGCUAGAAAUCUGCAUCGCUAUCGUCGUCCACAAAAGCAUCAUCGUCUUCAGUCUGUCAGUGAAGCUGGUUCAAAGCACAGUCAAGCCCCUAUGGGUGGCUCUGUACGUAACGGUCUUCGCUGUGAUGUCUCCUCUCGGCAUUGGCAUCGGCAUCAUAGUGAUCGAGGCUGAGCUGGAGGCCGGUGCUUUAAUACAGGCAGUGCUGGAGGGACUGGCAGCCGGAACCUUUGUCUACAUCACCUUCCUCGAAAUCCUUCCUCAUGAGCUGAACUCCCCAGAGCGGCCACUGCUCAAAGUCCUUUUCAUUCUGUUUGGGUUCUCUGUAAUGGCCUGCCUGAGUUUCCUGGGCUAAAAGACACUUUUAUUUUUGUAACCGUAUCAGGAGAACUGACGUCUUAAGGAGAUCACGCUUGGAUGAGACUUUCAAAACGGCAUGUGAUUUCAAGACAAUAAGAGACUCUGUUUGCUUGCUUUAAAAAGGAACUGAGAGUGUCAUUUUUAAAACUACACAAAAAUACAUUUUGUUUUACUUUUAACACAUCAAUUCACAAUUAAUUUUAAAAGGUGCCUUUUCAAUGGACUUUCAUACUUGAACCUUUUACUAUGGGGAUUUUUAAUAUUUUUUUUUUUAAUCUAGAUUCUUGAUGAAUCUAACAUACAAGUAGUCAUGUGUACUUGUAGUACAUUUAUUUACUUGAUCAGGAACAUUUCGCCUUUUUUUUUAACUGGAUACAUUUGAAUGAUGAAAAACUGAAGUAUUAUGUUUUCAUGCCACCUUUGUGUUUCUUUACCAGCAUAACAUUAAUCCUUCUAACAGGUUCUGGAUCUGAUCUGAUCAGAUACUUACAUGUUAGUAUACAUUUUCAUAUGAUAUGAUCAUUAACUGACACUUUUUAUUUGUUUGUUUUUUUAUGUUCUGAUUUAUUUUAAGAAACAUUUUUCCAAAAGAUAAGAGACAAGAUUCCAAAAUUUGGAACUUAGUGGUAACAUAUAUUGUGUGUUCAUUAAAGAGCAUCAAUGUAUAUUUUUCAUAAUCAUAUUAUUGUAUGAUUAUUUACUGUGUUUGCAGAAUCAUUGAGCAGCAUAUUUAAUACAUAUGAAUACAUGAACAGUUAAAAAAAAAAGCAGGCAGAAACAACUUGGUCAGGAAUUGAAUGCUCGUACUGCAAUCUAUAAUAAUCAUGUUUUCAGAGCAUGUUCCCUAACAGGCAACUGAAUGCGACAACAUUUAACAAAGCUUAUUUGUAAUUAAUAUAGAAAAGAAAAGCACACUGAUCAAAAACACUUAAACAAGCCAAACAGUACCGCUAGUUACUUUAUGACCAUGAACUCUUUAUCUUGCAAUACCAUAUUUUGCCUUAAGAUGCCCAACUGUUGCAGAGAAUGCACUCAAAGCAUUGACAAGCUGCUUGAAGAGAAAGAACAAUUAAAAGGAUUGUUCUAUGCUAGAUCUUUAUUUUGCAUCAUGCUACGAAUCUGCUGGCCUGUAGCCUGCUGGAUAUCAUCUAGAUCUGCUGUCUUGUCUUAGUGGUCCUCAGUAUUUGAAUUCAAAGUCAAUCUCCAAAGUGAACCACAUGAAAAAGCAAGAUUUAUAUGGCAAGGAACCUUAGGUGGUUUUGGUGUAUUUUACAGUACAGUAAUCAAAUUGUGCAAUCUUUGCUUACUAAGUAGGAAUAAUAAAAAUGGAAUAGUGUAAAAAAAAAAUUGCCUUUACUGAUUAUUAGACUUUUUGUUUUAAUGAGAAAAUACAUUAAUUUGAAUCAAAACUGUUAUGACCAUUUUCAGAUUUCCGGCACACAAAAAGAAUUAUUCAUUUAUUAACCCUCCAAUGGUUUUCAAAAAUGAGCCCUACCUUUGGCCCUCCUGGUCAUUUUUGACCGGAAAGAGCAAAGGUGUAACUUUUUUUUAUUUUUUUUUUAAUGAUGAUGAUAAUGCUCCCAUUUCUUCUUCUCUGAAGUAAUAAUUGGGAUUUUAUGCUAUUUUGAUCUUAUUUACAUGUAAAUUUCUUUACAUUACAGUUUUACCAUUAAUUUGCAUAUGCAAAUAAGCAGAUUUAUUAAACUUUAGUACAGUAAAAACCAAAACCUACACUUCUAUAAGUUGAAACAUGCAGAAAAUAUGAGAAUGUGACAAACUCAGCAAAAAAAGAAACAUCCUCUCACUUUCAACUGCUUUUAUUUUCAGCACACUUAACGUGUGUAAAUAUUUGUAUGAACAUAAAAAGAUUCAACAACUAAGACAUAAACUGAACAAGUUUCACAGACAUGUGACUAACAGAAAUGGAAUAAUGUGUCCCGGGUCAAAAUAAAAAGUAACAGUCAGUAUCUGGUGUGGCCACCAGCUGCAUUAAGUACUGCAGUGCAUCUCCUCCUCAUGGACUGCACCAGAUUUACCAGUUCUUGCUGUGAGAUGUUACCCCACUCUUCCACCAAGUUCCCUGACAUUUCUGGGGUGAAUGGCCCUAGCCCUCACCCUCCGAUCCAACUGGUCCCAAACGUGCUCAGUGGGAUUGAGAUCUGGGCUCUUCGCUGGCCAUGGCAGAACACUGACAUUCCUGUCUUGCACAGAACGAGCAGUAUGGCUGGUGGCAUUGUCAUGCUGGAGGGUCAUGUCAGGAUGAGCCUGCAGAAAGGGUACCACAUGAGGGAGGAGGAUGUCUUCCCUGUAACGCACAGCGUUGAGAUUGCCUGCAAUGACAACAAGCUCAGUCUGAUGAUGUUGUGACACACCGCCCCAGACCAUGACGGACCCUCCACCUCCAAAUCGAUCCCGCUCCAGAGUACAGGCCUCGGUGUAAUGCUCAUUCCUUCGACGAUAAACGUGAGUCCGACCAUCACCCCUGGUGAGACAAAACCGCAACUUGUCAGUGAAGAGCACUUUUUGCCAGUCCUGUCUGGUCCAGCGAAGGUGGGUUUGUGCCCAUAGGCGACAAAGUGCCAGUGAUAUCUGGUAAGGACCUUCCUAACAACAGGCCUACAAGCCCUCAGUACAGCCUCUCUCAGCCUAUUGCGGACAGUCUGAGCACUGAUGAAGGGAUUGUGUGUUCCUGGUGUAACUCGGGCAGUUGUUGUUGCCAUACUGUACCUGUCCCGCAGGUGUGAUAUUCAGAUGUACGGAUCCUGUGCAGGUGUUGUUACACGUGGUCUGCCACUGUGAGGGCAAUCAGCUGUCCUUCCUGUCUCCCUGUAGCGCUGUCUUGGGCGUCUCACAGUGCGGACAUUACAAUUUAUUGCCCUGGCCACAUCUGCAGUCCUCAUGUCUCCAUGCAGCAUGCCUAAGGCACGUUCAUUCAGAUGAGCAGGGACCCUGGGCAUCUUUCUUUUGGUGUUUUUCAGAGUCAGUAGAAAGUUCUCUUUAGUGUCCUAAGUUUUUAUAACUGUGACCUUAAUUGCCAACCGUCUGUAAGCUGUUAGUGUCUUAACGACCGUUCCACAGGUGCAUGUUCAUUGAUUGUUUAUGGUUCACUGAACAAGCAUGGAAAACAUUGUUUAAACCCUUUACAAUAAAGAUCUGUGAAGUUAUUUGGAUUUUUACAAAAUUAUCUUUAAAAUACAGUGUCCUGAGAAAGGGACGUUUCUUUUUUUGCUGAGUUUAUAUUAGAGGCAGAUUGCUGCCACCUGGUGAACAAAAUAUAAAUAAUAUUACUUGAAAAUCAUGUUAUGAGUGUGUGUGUUUAGCAUUGUGGCUGAUUUAUUGGUUUUAUUUGACAAUUUUCAAAAAGAUUCUCUGUGUUAUAGUCUCACCAGUUCAUUUGUGUGUGUGUGUGUGUGUUUUGCACUCUGGAUGUUUUAUAGUCUCACCCUUUAAUUUCUAUGCGUGUUUUAUCUGCAUUGUAGCUGAUUUAUUGAAUCUAUUUGACAGAUUUAGAAAAAAAAAAUUGCUCUGUAUUAUGGUCUUUCCCAUACAUUUCAAUGGUCGGUCAGUUUUGACUGCGAAGACCAAAGGUGUCGCUUUUUUAUGAUCACUUAGACUUAUUGAAUCAUGCCCAAUAUUUGUAUUUUAUUUUUUUAUUUUUUUGUAUGUUCAGAUGGCAAGUGGAGGAAGUCACCAAGUCUUGUACCACUCAAAUAAAG